CCUCUUAAUUUUUUACGGAAAAUGCAACAAAUCAGGCCGUGUAAUUUAAGUAGGCCAUGGUAUUAUACAUAUUCAUUUAUAAGUUCUUUUAACUCUACUUUGUCAUAGACUGCAAUUCUUUAAAGUUAUUGACGUCAGACAACUUAAACUUUACUUCCUUAUAUCUUUUUUUUAAGGUUAAUCUAGAAACUUGAUUUUUUAGCAUUUAUCAAUGUAACUCGACCUCUAUCCAUCCAUAUAUAGAAAGUACUAUGCUUUAUAUAGUUUUACUUAUAUAUUUCACUUUUUAGAGUUUCAGAUAAAAGUUAUAUUUCAACUUGGUGAAAAAAAAAAACAUUUUGGUAGAUUAACUGAUCAAUUCUCCUAUUUUCCAGAAAAAAGCUUUAAACAACUUAUUUAACAAUUCAGAUGAACUUGAUGUUUUGAAAAGAAAAGUUGUAAAUGAAGAUAUCCAAUACAUUACUUUUGUAUGCAUGAAUUUAACCUUUAAAUUACGCAACACUAAAUUUCACCAAUAAACAAAACAAAUAAGAUUUCCCUCGCAGAGCCUCAAAUCAUAUAAAAAAGCCUAUUAAGUUUAAUCAAAAUCCCCGCGUAAAAGAGUAGUUUAUGGACGACGCUUUAUAAUAUAAAGCAUCGUCCAUAAACUACGCAAUGCAAAAUAUAUUUGAAAAAAAGGAGUAGGAGAUUUUAAUCUCUUUUACGCAGGGAUAUUAUGUUACAUAUUAUUAGAAUAUUUUUUUAAAAUUGUCAUGAACUUUUUUAAUGUUUAUUCAAUUGUUUCUUUUUAGACCGUCAACAGACGCCAUUUUGUCAGAAUACAGCAUGAAUGGUGGAAAGAAAAAAAAAGUUUAAAGAGUUGGCAAGUCUAUGUAACGCUGUCACUGAUUUGAACGUUUUACUCGCCUUCGCAUAAGAACAAAAGAAAUUUUUCGAGUUACGUGGUUUUUAUCUGCUACGCAUUUUAUAUCUAUUUAAAAACAACAAUUGCCGAUAUUAUUUUAAAAAUAAUAAAAAAACUAGCUGUCUGAAACCAUAAAACAGAACAUCAAAAACAUCAAUAUAAAAUGAAUAUCAGUUUAUUAAAAGUAAUUGAACCCUCAUUAAUUCAACUGAAACCAUCGACGUUAGUUGCUUUAUUGAAACCACCUAAAUCGACUUUGUUUUCUUUAAUGAGACCAUCGGAGUGGGCAUUAUGUACUACUUUUGGAAUAAUUUUUUUAAUUGGUGUUGUUGGAAAUGCAUCAGUUAUUUAUGAGUUUGGCUUCAAAAAAAAAUCUAAACAACGUCUUACUGCUGAUUGCUUAAUUUUGUAUUUAGGAAUUGCUGAUUUUUUAUCAUUGCUUUUUAAUCCACUUUUGUAUAUUUAUUUUACUGUUACUCGAUACCAACAAUGGCACUUUGGAAGUUAUGGCUGCAAAAUUAUACCUGCAAUAGGGCAAAUAAUGUCUUCUAUUUCAAUUGGUGUGCUGCUUAUAUUUGCAGUUGAUCGAUACCUAGCGAUAACAUCUCCAAUUAAAGGAUCAGCUUUGUCUAAAAGAACUGUCACAUUAGCAUGCAUAAUUGAUGUUAUUUUAACAAUAUGUUUGUAUCUUCAUUAUAUGUUAGCACUGAAGCUACAUUCUAAUCAUAAUGGUGGCUUAUAUUGCAGUGUUCCCAGUGUUAAAAGUUUAUAUUACUCCAUAUCAAAAUGCCUUUUAGUUUUUUUUCGUUUCCUUAUGUGUGUUUUAGUAUAUAUUUUUACCACCGUUCAAAUAUUAUUAACUGUUAAGAAAUCUAGAAAAAUAUUAGUUUUUAGUAAACAAAGGAAAAAGCUGCAGGAAGAUUAUAAAAAGACAGCAUACAUGCUGUUUAUGAUGUGUUUGGUAUUUUUUUUCCUUGUUUUUCCAAGAGAAAUUUUUCAUUUAACAUAUGUUCUAUCUUGGAUGGUUAAAGAAAAAGGAAUUUUAUAUACUCCAAUCUUAGUUGAGUUAAAUGCUUGGUUAAAGGUGCUCACCAUUGCAAAUAGCUGUGCUAAUGUGUUAAUUUAUUCGCGAGUCCAGAAAAUUUAUUUCAAAGAAUUUUUUAAAUAUUUUGGUAAAUUUUGGCGUAAAAAAGUUGUUUUGAACGCUCAAGAUAUAAAAGCGCUACGAUGAUUUUACGUGUGUGCGUAUGUAUAUAGUUUUUGUUUGUGAAAAAAUGUUUAAUUUA